AUCACGAAGCGGUGUCCGUGGCAACGGCACAGGAAGUGGCGCGCGACCGUUGAAAAACACAACAUAGCGAAGGAUUUCUCGUUGUUCAGUUUCGUCAACCUCAAAAUCAGGUGGCUUAAUUACUUAGCAGGGGAUUAAGCAAACCGUGGUUUCACUUAAAACAUGUCGUUUGUGAGAGUGGGGCGUCCACAGCCACACAGCAAAGCAAAAAGGCCCGUUCGACCCAAGACAGCGGCAGUUACCAAAAGAGAGUGGGUGAGCACUGUCAGUGACCUGUCUGUGCACAAGCCUACGCCUGCAGAGCUGAGACAUCGGCAUGAGAUUCAUAAGUCCCACAACAAGGCUGCAGCUCAGUGGGAGCUGAGAGAGAAAGCUCUGAAACGCCGUUUUAGACAUGGUGGAAGUCCAGCACCGCUGGACCAGGCCAGCCUCAGCAUCAUCAGAGAGGUUUUCUCUGACCAGCUGCUACUGCAGGAUGUGCUGGCUCGCUCUGACAGAGCCAUGGCUGUGGUCAAGGACCUGUUCGGAGAUGCUCCACGCAGACAGACUGGUCACCCUAGUGUGACAAUGGCGCCAAACUGUGAUUCUGACUCAGAACUGCCCCUGCUCCAGAAACCAGAUCCACCAACUCAGCUGUCACUGCUCAGCCAGUCUAUGAUGGACCAACAGGCUCUUAAUGAAAUAGAAGCUUCCGAAGAGUGCUCAGAUAAAGAUCCCUAUUCUUGUGGAAAUUCACGGCAUUCAGUUAUUCGAAGGGCUAAUGUACGGAAAAUGAAGACACAGUCUCUGGACAGAGUGGUACAGCAGCCGAACCAGCAUCCCAACUUUUACCAGACUUAUGGUGAGAAUGUCCCAGAUACCCCAUGCACAUCAGGCAGAGGACCAGACCAGACAGCUCUUAAUGCUACAGUGGCUAUUAAGCGUGUUCGAUCCAGACAGAAGCAGUUAGAUGAAACAAACGAAGAGGCUUCUGUUCUGGUGUCUCAGGUUCUUAACCCUGAUGUGCCUUUUAACCACUCAGAGAAGCUCAGUAGUCACCCAAACAGGAGCAGGAAGUGUGUUUCUCAAAGUUCAGAGCUGGAUGGCUCCUCUUUUGCGUCUCUUAAUGGGGACAAGUCCAGUCUGGGAAUGCUGCAGGCAAUGCUGACUCAGGUGGAGGCAGAGUUGAAUAGUAUGAGUCCUGACACAACGCCAGGAGCUGCUCAGAAACCAGAACAACACAGAAUACAGGGUCUCACUGGAUUCUCAGUUGCCUUAGUCUCUGCUCUUGGACGUUUAGUGCAUCUAAUCAAACAGAAAGAAGAGGAAGCCCACAGAGAAGCUCAGGAGAGGAGAAGACUGGAGGAUGAGCUCAAAGAACAGCGAGGACUGAUUGACGCUCUUACUGCUGAGACCAUGACUCUAAGAGAAGAAGCUGUCACCCUGCAGGCAGUGCUGCAGCGGCAGACAGCAGAGCUACAACAGAAGUUUGACACAGUAGUUUUGUUGAUGGGAGAUCUUGGAUUGCAAGAUGACGCACCCCAAGACUCUGAUAUCGGAGCUGCAGAUUAUCAGUCUGCAUCUGUUCCUGAGCAACUCCCUCAGCGACCACAGGUUGCAAAGUCUGCUGCCUUCCUGCUUUCCCCACCUCGACAAACAAACAACUUUCAACAUAUUCCUAUGGCUCAUCCUGUCCUGAUGCAACAACAUCUGUCUCCUGUUGAUAACCUUAGUGAGGAUGUCAGUGUUCGCAGGUCAGCCUCUAGUCUCACCAGUCUGCCUCUGGCCAGCCUCCUUACUUCUUCCUCUGAGUCUCUUGGCUCACAGAUAGCUUCAGAGGCCAUGCUGGCUGAGAUCACGAAGUUGAGCCGACAGAACGACAUGCUAAGGGCCCAGCUCAGGCAGGACAAAGGCCUUGGAUCAGGGGUUGGACUAUCACCUAAUGGUAGCACCGAGGAGAGAAGGCCGAGUCCCUGCAGCUCGGGAAGAAUUACACCGCUUGCUGUUGAAGACAAAAGGACGUCAGGGUCCAAGAGCACAGACAGAUUGAGUCACAACAUCCAGAAUGCUGACAAUGACAGACCUGCCCAGCAGGCAACAUCUCCUAAUACCCUCAGUGUGAGCAGUGUGGAGCAGCGCAUCCUGGAGCUUAAUCGACAGAGUGCAGCUGCCAGGGGUCGACUGCUGGAGCUAAUUGAACAACAGAAGCAAAGUGUUUCAUCAAAGGUUUCUCCAUCUGUCUCCCCCACCCCCCAGCCCACCUUCAGCCCACACGCAGGAGGUGGAGGAGGAAGUCCAGGUGUGCCUUUUGUCUCACCUUCUGGCGGCUGUAAUGAACAGUCUGUUUCUACUAGAUCUGCUGGUCCUGAAGUGUCUUCUCUUAGUUCUAGAGGGGAAACCAGAGAUGGCAAAACACAGAUGAAGAGGCUGAGAGUACAAGAAGGAUGGUUUGCCUUGUCUAAUCAUGUGAGAUGACAAGAAAAAUUCACUUGUAAAACCGCAAGACACUUUAACAAAACCUGUUUUUAGUUUUUAUCCAUGGAUUUUAAUAAAUGUGCUGAUUCUUAUUAAACUAAUUUCUUUUAAAUUAACUCUCUAACUUUCUCUUAUGUCCUACAUUUCCAUGAAGAAUUCUGAGCCGCUUUAGAUAAAUCGUAUAUUGUUUUAACAGUGCCUGCCCAGCAUUUGGAUUUAAAUAAAAUCUAGUUUUGUGUUUUUUAUUAUUAAAAAUUUAUUUACUAACAACAUAGAGCAGCAAUCUUUGUGUAUCUAGUGCAUGUGUGUGUGUGAAUCCACAGUGCUCACACCCAAAGGCCCAGCACAAGGCAAAGCACUGACCCCUAAACUGGUCUAACCUCAGCUUUAUCAAACCCUCCUUGAGGUCCAGACUGUGUUCAUGCGUCUUCCUCAUUUAGCUAUGGUCAGUUCCCACAUGAUCAAGUAGUACAGUGCAUUUUUAUUUACUAUAUUAUGUAUUCAACCAUUAAUGGUAUUUUUUAGUAUGUUUAAAGUGUUCUUGCACAACUUACUAUAUAUUUAUAUAUUUAACCUAUUUGUAUCUUUAUCACUAACUAUCACUAACUGAUUUAAUGUAUGUUGUGUAAUUAAAUCUCAUCAUGAUUUGUUUGUUUUGUACUGACAGAUUUAAUGUAACAGGAUGUGUUUUAUCUUUGUCUUUACUGAAUAGUUAACAAUGACAACAUACACAGGAAACAGAUAAAGAGAGAGGGGGCCAUAAUAUGAAACAGCUGGACCUGAACUAAGAGUGUUGCAGUUCCACAUUAUAACCACUUAACCACUGAGCUACCACUACACCUAUUGGGCUCUGACUAUCUUCUGUGCAACUUUUAAGUCCAAACAUUGUAAAUAGAAUAAAUCCCACUUCAGGUAAUGUUUGUGGUUGGCCUCAAGUCCCUCAGGGUCGACACGAGUAGGAAGAACAGCACUCGAGUUUCUCUGUCAGUGAGGAAAGCUGCGAGAGCAUCGACAAUGGCCAGCGGGGAAAUCAAAAGGAGUAAAUAUUGCACAUAAUAACAGGAUGGAGGCAUAAAGGGGCCAGGGGCUGCAGCCGUAAAUGUGGGGUCAGAGGUCCUAGGGGAGACGCAGGGGGAUGCAGGCGGGGUUUAUUGUGUCCGGCCCGACUGAGUGAAGGACAGGGUGAAUGGGGAUUAACCCUACCCCAGUGCCUCUCAAUGCCCCGCUCUCCACCACCGGGCCAAAGGAAGGUUCUCAUAUGACGGCCGCCUUCAGCAGCGUCCACAUACGUCCACUACUGUUAUAUUUACACAUUUUAUACCAGUAGAAAUGGAAUUAAUAUUACGUCACAGGUCUAUUUAGGUUUGGAUGGAAAAAAUUAGUGAAACCAGAGCAUGGCAGCGUUUACACAUGCAAUACAUACAAUGACAUGGGGCUGCAGGGGAAAGGGGGGAGUUUUCUUUACUCAUUUAAAUCUGCCCCCACUUCACCUCAGACAAGGAGCCUGAGGUCACUUAGCAAAACAUACACAGUAAAGUUUAUGCACACGCACACACUAGUGUCCGAAGUGACACAGACAUUGUAGAUGGCGUUAUUUCCUAUAAAACAGUUUCAUUUAUUAUAGAAAUAUUUUUUCCUUACAUUAAUGAAGAAAAUACUAAUUAUCAAAGUUUUUUAAAAAAUAUUCAUCAAUCAUUAUAACUCGUGUUUUUGUGUGUAUUGCAUAGUGGUUUUGAAGCCACUAGAGGGCAACAUUAACACAGCUGCAUCACUUGCCAUUAGCCCAUCUUGAUUUCUUCUUUCUUGUUUAAACGCUCUCCUGAUUUUUAAACACAGAUAACACAACAUGACGGCUUCAGUAUAAAAUCUAAUAAAAUAAAGAUGAAAUAAAGAAUAGAUGUUAGCACAGCGGUGCAGCAAUUACAAAUUUCUGCUACUUUCAAACAGGUAUGAAAAACAAAUAACAGAAAAUCCUUAACAAUAUUUGAUUCGAUCGAAUUCUGGUAGAUUUUGUGAUGCAUUAGUGGUUUACUGGAACAUCAACAGCAAGCACACUGCUGGUGUCAAUCAGUGACGCUGAGCGAGGUUGUUGUGAUGAAGCUUCUCAUUAUGUGUGGAAGCCAUUUUUCUUAAAUAACUCUUGCCGAUUUCUCAAAAUUUGCAUCAGCAAAGAGUAACUUAUACGUGAUGAGUAAAUUAUGUUCUGUGUGUGUGUGUGUGUGUGUGUGUAGGCAUGUGAGUGGGUGCCCAUGUGCGCAGGAGCGUAGUCCACAGCUGUGCGAGUGUCUGAUCUGAAGCAGGCUAUUGCUUGCUGUGAAAAUAUUAUUGCAAGUGUUUAUUAUUGCUUCAGUGUGAAACAGUGGGAGUGUUGUGUGUGCUGCACGGGCUGGUGGAGUAUGGGUCGUGUGGUAAUGGUGUGUGUGUGGGGGGGGGGAGUCGGUCCCUUCUCCUCUUCUCUGUUUCCCACCGGCCAGCUCCCGGCCUGUGGCCCAUUGCACCCUGGGUAAUGGGGAGUUCUAUUGGAGUUGAUUAGUUCCGGCUGGAUCCCAGAUAGAGUUCUGACAGGCAGGAGAAACGAGCUCCCAGCGUGACCCCCCACCUCCCCCACACACCCCUGUGUCAGGCACAAUGGCUAAGGCAGGGGAAGGGCUUUUUAAACAACUGCAGCUUCAGUCCAGCUCGCUGCCCCCAGGAUGAAAACUACAACAAAAAUCACAUUACGCCGCGGCUACUGGUCGAGCUGGUAACCUCCUUCUCCCCUCGGGCUGCUCUGUCUACAUGGACACGCUUCCUUUAUAGAUGGACAUCAUCAGCAUCCUCCACUUCACAUGCAUCCAUCACAUCCACCAUGUUGGACACCUGUGGCCUGAGCUGACACAUUCCUCAGCACUUUCUCUCUGCAGCUUCAUCCUCUCUUCAUCCUUUAUUUCCCCUUUCCCCCCCUCUGAUACUUUCUCCCCCCCCCCCCUUUCUCCACACAUAAUUGAUUAAGGGCCGUUUUCAUAAAUCAAUUUGGGACGCACAUCAGUCAGCCCUGAAUGGAGAGGACCCCCCCUCCCCCCUCUGUGCAGCGGUAUAAUCCACCUCAGCGUGCCCUACCACUCACUCCUACACACAUUUGUUUUCUUCAGCUCAGAGUUUUGGCUGUUGCACGUUGCCAAACAUGAAAAUAUGCUAAUGUUUCUUAGCAGCUUCGCAGCCACUGCGACCUGGAACGGGCGUUUUGACAGACACGGAGUCUCCAAGCAGUUUCCACUGAGUCUGUACAAUUCUCGUGUUGUGUGGAGGAGACUGGUGUGUGUGUGUGUGUUUGGGAGGCUGAUGGAGUGGGAAUGGUGACAAAAGCAGAGGCAAGCAAAAACUAAGUGGGAGUUUUUUUAAUGGGAGUGAAAAAGGCGAAUGAUUUCCAUAUGUCUUUUCUGUGCAUCUCCAAACAAAUAUGUUGUUGCGUGCUCAGCAGGGCGCCUCCGAGACAAAUGCCUCCUCACCGCUGUUUGUAAUUACGCUGCUUUAAUUGUCUAAUUCCAUUAUUAAAUGACUUAUUGUCUCUUU